UGGCAGAAGCAGGAGGAGACCGCGCUCUCUCUCUCACACACGCACACACACACGCGGACACACACACACACACACACACAUGCGCGCACACACACACACACUGAGAGAGGCAAAUCGAAAAGGAACCGGAGGAGAGAAUUGAGGAAGAAAAUUCAGUGUUGCGGGUGACUGACAGAAGUGAAAAGAGGAGAAAAAGCAGCAGCUUUGUGAUUUUUUUUUUCCUCCGGUGUUUUUGAUUCUCCAUCCGUCACUUGGAGGCUGGGUGAAAACAAGAAGUGAGGAAAAGACGGAGGCAGUCCCACAAAUAGAGAGAGGGAGAGAAAGAGAGCGGCGAAGCUCAGAGAACGGGGCUUGUGUUUUUGUUUUGUUUUUUUUUUUGUUUUUUUAUAUAUAUAUCCUCUGAAAAAAGACAAAAGAACAGAGCGAGACGGAGGGGAAACUGUAUUUUUCUCAAACAGCAGGCGGCUGCGAGUCUUCAUGCGUCCCUGAAAGGAUCCUGUGUGUUUUAGGGGGAAUUAAACCCUUUCAGCCGGGCGAAGCUGGAAUACUCGCACCGACAAGGUUCUCCAAUGCCCUCCCCCUCCUGUCCAUCAUCUGUCAUUGACCAAUCACACCCACAAUCAGCCAGUCCACAUGGCAACCCAUUGUUAGGUGACAGGGCUGAGCCAUACUCAGAGAAAGAGGAGGAGGAGGAGGAAGAGGAAGAAGAAGAAGAGGAGUAUGCAGCCCGAUUGUACUUACCUGUAACACAUGAGCAACCAUCCAAUCACCACGGCUCCACUCUGCCUCCGGUACCGCCCCCUCACCGCCAGCAUCCCUCAAUUACAGCUCUGAACCAAUCCCUGGGCUCCACACAUCACGCUGGUCAAUCCCUGAAUUCAACUAGGCAGCUUACCCCUCCCACUGGAAGCCCGGCCCCCGUGGCCGGCCAAUCACCAGCCGAGCUGCAGACCACGCCACCUGAGAGCGUCCCGCUGCAAGACAGCUGGGUGCUGGGUAGCAAUGUGCCUCUGGAAACAAGGCACUUUCUCUUCAAGACAGGUACAGGCACCACCCCCCUCUUCUCCACAGCAACUCCUGGCUACACAAUGGCAACAGGGUCAGUGUACUCCCCACCCACCAGGCCAUUGCCGAGGAAUACCUUGUCCCGCUCUGCCUUCAAGUUCAAGAAAUCCUCCAAGUACUGCUCAUGGAGGUGUACAGCCCUCAGUGCAGUCGGGCUGUCUGUACUGCUCUCUGUCCUGCUCUGUUACUGCAUAGCCAUGCACCUGUUCGGUCUGAACUGGCAGCUUCAGGAGAGUGAGGGAUAUGGAGCAUUUGAAAAUGGAGGAGGGGGAAGAGAUACAACUCCAAACACCUUUAUGGUGUCCACAGACAAUGGUAAAAUGUUCCUUGUAGAGAACAACACUAUAGACACAGGAGAGGUGGAUGUGGGCAGACGCGCGAUACAAGAUGUACCACCAGGUGUGUUUUGGAGGUCUCAGCUCUAUAUUGACCAACCACAGUUCUUGAAAUUCAACAUCUCUGUCCAGAAAGAUGCUCUUGUUGGGGUGUAUGGACGUAAAGGCCUGCCGCCAUCACACACACAGUACGACUUUGUAGAGCUACUAGAUGGUAGUCGCCUCAUUUCCAAAGACAAGCGAGCGCUCAGUGACACAGACAUGGAACACACAUACCCAGCUGGUUUGCAUGAGGAGGACUCUGGGGGAGGAGCCAGGCAUGCUCGUUCAGUGAACUUACACGAGGCUGGCUUCAUCCAGUACCUGGACACAGGAAUCUGGCAUCUGGCAUUUUACAAUGAUGGACGCAACACAGAGCAAGUCUCCUACAAUACCAUUGUCAUAGAGUCCAUUAUGGAGUGUCCUCAGAAUUGUCACGGAAAUGGAGAUUGUCUCUCAGGAAUAUGCCACUGUUUCCCGGGAUUUCUGGGCUUAGACUGCUCUCGAGCUGCCUGUCCAGUACUAUGCAGUGGAAAUGGCCAGUACUCCCGUGGCCGCUGCCAGUGCUACAGCGGGUGGAAAGGUACUGAGUGUGAUGUGCCAGCCAACCAGUGCAUCGACAUCCACUGUGGAGGACAUGGCAUCUGUAUUACGGGAGCCUGCAUCUGCAACACUGGUUAUAAGGGUGAUAAUUGUGAAGAAGUGGACUGCAUAGACCCAAGCUGUUCAGCCCAUGGCGUGUGUAUUCAUGGCGAGUGUCACUGUCAGCCAGGCUGGGGUGGAGCGAGCUGUGAGAUUGCCAAGGCUAUGUGCCCAGACCAGUGUUCAGGUCACGGCACCUUCAACACAGAAACCAGCACGUGUACCUGUGACAAGAACUGGACUGGGCCCGACUGCUCUUUAGAGGUGUGUGAAGUGGACUGUGGCAGCCAUGGCGUCUGUUAUGGCGGUGUGUGUCGGUGCGAGGAGGGCUGGACUGGAACUGUGUGUGACCAGAAGGCCUGCCACCCACUGUGCAGCAAGAACGGAGUGUGUAAGGAGGGGAAGUGUGAGUGUGACCAGGGAUGGACAGGGGAGCACUGCAAUAUCGCCCACAAUCCGGACAUUAGAGUAAAAGGAUAUAAAGAGGGUUGUCCAGGUCUCUGCAACAACAACGGACGAUGCACUCUGGAAUCCAAUGGCUGGCACUGCAUCUGCCAGUCAGGAUGGAGAGGGGCUGGGUGUCACGUAGCGAUGGAAACAUUAUGCACUGAUGGCAAGGACAAUGAAGGAGAUGGCUUGGCUGACUGUAUGGAUCCAGACUGUUGUCUGCAGACCUCCUGUCAGAACCAGUUAUACUGCAAAGGGUCACCUGACCCAUCGGAGGUGCUAAGCCAGUCUCCAUCCUCAUUGUCCUCUCAGCAAGCUGCCAGGUCUUUCUACCAGCGCAUUCACUUCUUAGUUGGUCCGGAAUCCACUCAUGUCAUCACUGGAGCCAGUCCAUUUAAUAAGAGCUUGGUAUCGAUAAUCCGAGGUCAGGUGUUGACAGCCGAUGGUACACCUCUGAUUGGAGUCAACGUGACGUUUGUCCAUUACCCUGAACACGGAUACACUGUGACGCGCAAGGAUGGCAUGUUCGAUCUCCUGGCCAAUGGCGGGGCAUCCCUGACACUGAGUUUUGAGCGUGCUCCAUUCCUCACUCAGUACAGAACUGUCUGGGUGCCAUGGAACGUCUUCUACGUGAUGGACACAUUGGUCAUGAAGAAGGAGGAGAAUGACAUUCCUAGCUGUGACCUGAGUGGUUUUAUCAGACCCAAUCCUGUCAUUGUUGCAUCACCUCUGUCUACAUUUCACAGAAGUACACCUGAGGAUGGCCCUGUCUUACCUGAAACACAGGUUUUACAAGAAGAAACUUCAAUACCAGGCAGUGAUCUCAAGCUGAUCUACCUGAGCUCCAGAGCUGCGGGUUAUAAGCCAGUCCUCAAAGUCACCAUGACACAGUCAUCAAUACCAUUCAACCUGAUGAAGGUUCACCUGAUGGUUGCAGUGGUGGGUCGCCUUUUCCAGAAAUGGUUUCCUGCCCAACCAAAUCUAUCCUACACCUUUAUCUGGGACAAGACAGACGCUUAUGGCCAACGUGUCUAUGGUCUUUCUGAGGCAGUUGUGUCGGUGGGGUUUGAAUAUGAGUCCUGCCUGGACCUCAUCUUGUGGGAGAAAAGAACGGCCAUUUUACAAGGUUAUGAGCUGGAUGCCUCCAAUAUGGGAGGAUGGACGCUGGAUAAACAUCACAUCCUUGACCUGCAGAAUGGUAUACUGUACAAGGGGAAUGGUGAGAACGUUUUCAUUUCCCAACAGCCCCCUGUCAUCAGCAGCAUCAUGGGAAAUGGACGGCGCCGCAGCAUCUCCUGCCCUAGCUGUAAUGGUCAGGCAGAGGGCAACAAGCUGCUUGCGCCCCUGGCUCUGGCCUGUGGUGCAGAUGGCAGCAUCUUUGUUGGAGACUUCAACUACAUCAGGAGGAUCUUCCCCUCUGGGAAUGUUACCAGUGUCAUGGAGCUGAGAAACAAAGAUUUCAGACAUAGCAACAAUCCUGCUCACCGUUACUAUCUAGCCACCGAUCCAGUAACAGGGCAGCUGUAUGUAUCAGACACUAACUCUCGUCGAAUCUACCGACCCAAGAUGCUCAGCGGUGCCCGUGACCUCAUCAGUAAUGGAGAAGUAGUGGCUGGCACAGGUGAACAGUGUCCUCCAUUUGAUGAAGCACGAUGUGGAGAUGGAAGAAAAGCUACAGAGGCACAGCUACUGGGACCUAAAGGGAUUGCAGUUGAUAGAAAUGGUUUGAUCUAUUUCGUUGAUGGGACUAUGAUCAGGAAAGUGGAUCGUAAUGGAAUAAUCUCCACUGUGCUGGGCAGCAAUGACCUCACCUCUGCACGCCCUUUGACCUGCGACACUAGCAUGCACAUAAGACAGGUUCGUUUGGAGUGGCCCACGGAUUUAGCCAUCAAUCCAAUGGAUAACUCCAUCUUCGUACUGGACAACAACGUUGUGCUACAGAUCACUGAAAAUAGACAGGUUCGUAUUGUAGCAGGUCGUCCAAUGCACUGCCAGGUGCCUGGUAUAGAAUAUACUAUGGGGAAGAGAGCAGUCCAGACCAUGCUGGAGGGAGCUACAGCCAUAGCCUUGUCCUACAGUGGCAUCCUCUACAUCGCAGAGACGGAUGAGAAGAAAAUCCAUCGCAUUCGACAGGUGUCGACUGACGGAGAAAUUACCCAUCUAGGUGGAGCACUUUCUGAGUGUGACUGCAAGAACGAUGCCAACUGUGACUGCUAUCAGACAGGAGAUGGAUAUGCUAAAGACGCCAGGCUUAAUUGUCCUUCCUCUUUGGUGGUUUCUCCAGAUGGGACACUGUAUGUGGCUGAUCUGGGAAACAUCAGAAUUAGAGCUAUACGCCGCAACCAACCACCAACUGGCUCUCUUGCUUCAGGUCCAAGCUCCUAUGAAGUGGCUUCUCCAGCCUCACAAGAGCUCUUUGUGUUUGAUGCAAAUGGGACUCAUCAGUUCACCAUGUCUCUGGUUACUGGAGACUACAAAUACAACUUCAGCUACAGCAAUGAGGAGGAUGUAACCGCAGUAACAGACAGUAGUGGGAACACCCUCCGUAUCCGUAGAGAUACCAACAGGUUGCCUGUACGUGUGGUUGCCCCCGACAAUCAGGUCAUCUGGCUGACCAUCGGGACUAACGGAGGUCUGAAGACUCUCACAGCUCAGGGUCAGGAACUGGUCUUGUUUAGUUACCAUGGCAACAGCGGCUUGCUGGCUACCAAGAGCAUCCAGAUAGGCUGGACCACUUUUUAUGACUAUGACAGCGAGGGUCGUCUGACUAAUGUGACCUUCCCCACCGGCGUAGUGACCAAUCUCCACAGUGACAUGUCGUCAGGGGCUGUUGCUGUGGACAUUGAGACAUCAGGAAGGGAUGAGGAUGUUUCCAUAACAACCAACUUGUCAUCAAUAGACUCCUUCUACACUUUGGUGCAGGACCAGCUUCGUAACAGCUACCAGGUGGGUAAUGACCAUUCACUGAGGGUAAUCUAUGCAAAUGGGAUGGACACACACUACCAGACAGAGCCCCAUAUACUAGCAGGUGCUGCUAACCCAACUAUAGCCCGACGCAACAUGACACUUCCAGGAGAGAAUGGCCAAAACCUGGUGGAGUGGAGGUUCAGGAAGGAACAGACACGGGGAAAAGUGAUUGUCUUUGGGAGGAAGCUCAGGGUGAAUGGUAGGAACUUGCUGUCUGUGGAUUAUGAUCGUACACUGCGAACUGAAAAGAUUUAUGAUGACCACAGAAAGUUCUUACUGAAGAUCAUCUAUGACACACAAGGCCAUCCGACACUCUGGAUUCCCAGCAGCAAGCUGCUGUCAGUUAACCUGACAUACUCCAGUACGGGACAGGUGACAGGCCUUCAGAGAGGCCCAACCACAGAGAAGUGGGAGUACGACAGUCAGGGAAGGAUCAUAUCCAGAGUCUUCGCUGAUGGAAAGAUGUGGAGCUACACUUACCUGGACAAGUCCAUGGUGUUGCUGCUGCACAGCCAGCACCAAUACAUCUUCGACUAUGACUCAGGGGACCGUCUGUCAGCAGUCACCAUGCCCAGUGUGGCUCGACACACCAUGCAGACCAUCAGAUCCAUAGGAUACUACAGGAACAUCUACACCCCCCCUGAGAGCAACGCCUCUGUUACUGUGGACUAUUCUGAAGAUGGACAGCUCCUCAGGGUUGCUCAUCUAGGCACUGGCCGUCGUAUAUUGUACAAAUAUCGCAGACAGAACAAGCUGGCAGAGAUCCUCUAUGACUCAACACGGGUCAGUUUCACAUAUGAUGAGACUGCUGGCGUCCUCAAGACAGUGAACCUGCAGAGUGAAGGCUUCAUCUGCUCCAUCCGGUAUCGCCAGAUAGGCCCUCUGGUUGACCGGCAAAUAUUCCGCUUCAGUGAGGAUGGGAUGGUGAAUGCACGAUUCGACUACACCUACGACAACAGCUUCAGAGUCACCAGCAUGCAGGCAGUAAUCAAUGAGACACCACUGCCAAUCGAUCUAUAUCAGUUUGAUGAUAUAUCUGGGAAGGUGGAGCAGUUUGGGAAGUUUGGAGUCAUCUAUUACGAUAUCAAUCAGAUUAUUUCCACCGCAGUGAUGACCUACACCAAACACUUCGACCAACAUGGCCGCAUCAAGGAGAUCCAGUAUGAGAUCUUCAGGUCUCUGAUGUACUGGAUCACCAUUCAGUAUGACAACAUGGGCAGAGUCACCAAGCGUGAGAUCAAGAUCGGACCAUUCGCCAACACAACCAAAUAUGGUUACGAAUAUGACGUUGAUGGACAGCUACAAACAGUCUCCCUCAAUGAGAAAAUGAUGUGGAGGUAUAAUUAUGACCUGAAUGGUAACCUGCAUUUGCUGAAUCCUGGAAACAGUGGUCGGUUAACCCCUCUGCGCUACGAUCUGAGGGACAGAAUCACUCGGCUGGGAGAUGUUCAGUACAGGCUGGAUGAAGAUGGUUUCCUGAGACAGAGAGGAGCCGAGAUAUUUGAAUACAACUCCAAAGGUCUUCUAGUUCGUGUCUACAGUAAAGCAGCCAGCUGGACUAUACAGUACCGCUACGAUGGUUUGGGUCGACGUGUGGCGUCUAGAAACAGUCUGGGCCAACACUUACAGUUCUUCUACGCUGACCUUAACUACCCCACCAGGAUUACCCAUGUCUAUAACCACUCCAGCUCCGAGAUCACAUCUUUUUACUAUGAUCUGCAGGGACAUGUGUUUGCUAUGGAGAUCAGCAGUGGAGAGGAGUUUUAUAUUGCUUGUGAUAAUACUGGGACCCCGCUGGCUGUCUUCAGCAACAACGGACUGUUGCUCAAACAGGUGCAGUACACAGCAUACGGUGAGGUUUACUUUGAUUCCAACCCAGACUUUGUGCUGGUAAUUGGUUUCCAUGGAGGCCUAUAUGAUCCUCUGACAAGACUGCUGCAUUUUGGAGACCGAGACUACGACAUCCCUGCUGGGAGGUGGACCACUCCCGACAUCACUACAUGGACACGUGUGGGCAAAGACCCCCAGCCCUUCAACUUGUACAUGUUCCGUGGCAACAACCCCAUCAGCAAGAUUCAUCAGGUCAAAGAAUAUGUCACAGAUGUCAAUAUCUGGUUGGUCACAUUUGGCUUCCAUCUCCACAACGCGAUCCCAGGAUUCCCCAUUCCCAAGUUUGACCUGACCCAGCCAUCCCUGGAGAUGAAAAAGAGCCAACUGUGGGAUGACCUGCCUUCCAUCUCAGGUGUCCAGCAGGAGGUGACUCAUCAGUCUCGGGCCUUCCUGUCCUUCGAGCGCAUGCCAGAAAUCCAGCUCAAACGGCGGCAUUCAGACCACGCCAGACAUUGGCUGUGGUUUGCCACCGUCAAGUCUCUGAUUGGUAAAGGAGUGAUGCUCGCUGUGGUCCAAGGCCGUGUGGUGACCAACGCUCUCAACAUUGCAAAUGAGGACUGCAUCAAAGUGGCUGCAGUCUUAAACAAUGCCUUUUAUCUCGAGGAUUUGCAUUAUACAGUGGAGGGACGAGACACGCACUAUUUCAUCAAAACCAGUCUGCCUGAGAAUGACCUUAGUGCACUGCGGCUAACCUCGGGCAAGAAAUCACUGGAAAACGGUGUGAAUGUCACAGUGUCCCAGUCUACUACGGUGAUGAACGGGCGAACGCGCCGCUUCGCUGACAUGGAGCUGCAAUAUGGGGCUCUGGCACUCCACGUACGUUACGGUACGACACUGGAUGAGGAGAAAGCACGGAUCCUGGAGCACUCAAGGCAACGGGCCCUCUCGAGUGCCUGGGCCCGUGAGCAGCAGCGGGUGAGGGACGGGGAGGAAGGAGUGCGGCUGUGGACAGAGGGGGAGAAAAGGCAGCUGCUGAGCAGCGGGAAGGUUUUGGGUUAUGAUGGCUACUACGUCUUGUCCAUAGAGCAGUACCCCGAGCUAGCUGACAGCGCUAACAACAUUCAGUUCCUACGCCAGAGUGAGAUAGGGAGGAGGUAACACGCCAUCAGCUUGUCAUUUCAACUGUCUGUCAAAGACUAACAAGAAGUUCAGUUUUAACACAAAAUGGAUGUCAAACUUUAUUGUCUUGAGACUCAAUACUAGCCACUGAAGACACUCCAUGUUUGCAAACUUGUUUUAUUUUAAGGGUGGUUAAGUAGGAUUUAUAGACUGAUUUGAUUAAUAAAGUAACAAUCACUUCAACACAACUAACCCAAAACAUUAGGAACCUACAGUUGAAAUGGUUUAAAACAGUCGAUUUGAGCCUGCAAAAGGUUCUUUCUUUCUUUCUUCCUUUCUUUCUGUCUUUCGUUCUUUCUUUCUUUCUUUCUUUCUUUCUUUCUUUCUUUCUUUCUUUCGCCCUAUCAUCUGCAUUCAAACAGCCCGCACGCGUGCCCCUCCCCUGCUCUCUGGUAGCGGGACAGACUUGAGUGCUAUAAUUUGUGCUGUCUGGCUGUGAAACAGUGGGAUGAAAAGACUUGUUCAAAAAGCCACCUGAGCAUUUCAGCAGUCAGCACAACUAGACAAGCCCACAAGCAUUUAGACAGUUGUAAACUGUCAGAGCAGUCAUUAUAACAAAUGUCUGAGGAUCCCAAACAGAUGUUGCAGGUAUUAUAUCUGUCUGGGUCCAGACGUGACCUUUCGCUCUGGGUUAUAGACCUCUAUGAGCCAUGUCUAUAGAAUCUGUUUCCAUGGCUGAAGCCAUUGAAUGGAACUGUUGUUGAACUGUUGUGGACUCUCUCUAAGAGAGACAGGCACAAAAAAAGAACUACAAUUUGUAUGAAGGAGAAAAAAAAGACUUUCAAACAAAGAUUUUCUGUUGGAAUUUUUUGUUCUGUUUUUAUAUAUCAAGUUACAUUUGCUUCAGACAUGAAGGGGAUAUAAAAAAAAAAAAAUAACAAAAAAAUGUUUACAUACUAUUACCUAUACCACUAUUACUACUAUUACAACAACACCACCGGAAUGGACCAUGAUCUGGACUAAGCAAAACCAGAAACUUUGAGUUUUGUUUGGUUUCUUUCUUACUGAGAUCUAUGAUCUUUUUGGGGAGUUCUAAAUCCACUCCUUCUAUCCCCCAUGUGCUUUUACAAGGUCUAUAAAAUCAUAUGGUUCCAGACUACAAUCAACAGCUGUCUUUGAGGUAGCAGGACAAACACACUGCCAGGGCUGUUUACGACUCUAUGUGGAUAUAUUCUUUGUGGACAGAGAGGGCUCACCGAUCCUGUAAAACACUGGUCUCCUGUCAGCCCAGGUCCCCUUCACUUCUGCAAAAUGUGACUCAUAAUGCAUAGACCUUGUGCUUUUACUGGUCAAAGGUAGUAGUAUUGCUUGCAAUAGAAACAUGUUGUCAUGGCUUUGGGGGGCUUUGCUCUGAGUAGUAACUUAUUGUUGCUUCUCUCCUCAUUUUUGCUCGUUUCUUCUUCAAGGGACAGUACAUUGCCAUCAGUGACUUUAAUGAGUAACAGUAAUUGAUCAGAAAUCGAUGUGGAUGUUUUCUCAUUGAUUGUGGGUCCCUGUACUCUUUUAGAGGAGUUUUCUUUCGUGUGUAUGUGUGUUUACAAGGGUGGGAAGCCAACUUUAAUCAUUUCAAAGGAAAGAACAGGAACUUAACGCAGAGAGUUAAUAUCAUAUGCUACCAACCUUUCUUCAUAGACAAUUGAGAUGAGUUGACAAUGUUUUAUGGGUUUAUCUUUUUUAUUUUGAAGGUUGAGAAAUGCCACUUAUCCGUUCAUCAAAAUUAGUCUCAGAGAAAGUAAUUUAUGUACAGUGUUUCUACGGUAAAGAAUAAAAAAUCCUUGAAACUAUU